AUGAGAUUUCUUUAUAAACCAUUAACUGGUGUGAUAAAAAUGGCUUCCGCUGCAAAAAAACCAAAGCUUUCAACAGCUGCUACAUCACAGAGUAAUGGGAUUCCCUCAAAAUCUAACGAUAUCGAAGAAUUUAUGAAGAAAUUACAAUCAAAGCGCGAAGGGACUGCUGCUUCGAUAUUGGAGUAUAAAUUCAAUAAAAAGCGUGUCCGAAUCGUGUCUCAGGAGCAGAUGGUGCCUGAUAAGUUGGAGGGGGUGGUAUAUUGGAUGUCCCGCGACAGCCGGGUCCAAGAUAACUGGGCCUUCUUGUUUGCUCAGAAACUCGCUCUCAAACACGAAGUACCGCUGCACGUGUGUUUUUGUUUGAUAGCUAAAUACUUAGAUGCCUCUGUCAGACAGUUUGAUUUUCUGAUAAAAGGGUUAGAGAAGGUAGCAGCUGAUUGUAAAAAGCUGAACAUAUCAUUUCACUUACUGGAAGGGAGUGGAGAUGAAGUGUUGCCUCAGUGGGUGGUGAAACACAACAUUGGAGCUGUGGUGUGCGACUUCAAUCCAUUGCGGGUCCCUCUAGGCUGGCUGGAAGGUGCUAAGAAGAAACUUAAGAAAGAUGUUCCUCUUAUACAGGUAGAUGCCCACAACAUAGUGCCCUGCUGGGUGGCAUCAGAGAAACAGGAGUACUCAGCAAGGACAAUAAGAAAUAAAAUUAAUUCAAAACUUGAUGAAUACUUGACUGAGUUCCCACCAGUUAUCAAACAUCCUUACACUGCCAAGUUUGAACCCGAGCCCAUAGAUUGGGACGAGGCUAUAGUAUCCAGAGAAGCUGACAAAAAUGUAGGCCCUGUGGACUGGGCCCGGCCAGGGUAUGACAAUGCCCUCAAGAUGUUGAAGAGUUUUCUUGACCAGAGGCUCAAAGAGUUCGCAACUAAAAGGAAUGACCCCACUAAGGAUGCUCUCAGUAAUUUGUCACCUUGGUUUCAUUUUGGCCAAAUAUCAGUACAAAGAGUAGCGCUAUGUGUUCAAGAACAUAAAGGAAAACAAACUGAAUCUGUGAAUGCAUUCCUGGAGGAAGCUAUCGUGCGCCGCGAGUUGGCGGAUAACUUCUGUUUCUAUUGUGAACAUUACGACAGCAUCAAAGGGGCCAGCAACUGGGCACAGAAAACACUAGAUGAUCACAGAAAAGACAAAAGAACCCACAUUUACACACUGGAGCAAUUAGCCAAGUCGGAGACACACGAUGAUCUGUGGAACUCAGCCCAGAUACAACUAGUGAAGGAAGGCAAGAUGCAUGGCUUCCUGCGCAUGUACUGGGCCAAGAAAAUCCUUGAGUGGACCCCAACACCUGAAGAUGCUCUGAAGUACUCAAUAUACUUGAAUGAUCACUACAGUAUCGAUGGACGGGAUCCAAAUGGAUAUGUUGGAUGUAUGUGGUCAGUUUGCGGUAUACACGACCAGGGGUGGGCCGAGCGCGCGGUCUUCGGCAAAAUACGGUAUAUGAACUACGAAGGAUGUAAACGGAAAUUCGAUAUCAAAGCAUUUAUAGCUAGGUACGGCGGGAAAGUACACAAGUAUGUACCUAAGAAAUAA